AUGUCAUCAACUUCGCACCCGCUGGCCAUUCGGCCACUGCCUGCAGGCAAUAAGAAACCUAAAACCCUUGGCGAGUUCAUUGCCCGCGUCAAUGCCGAAGGUAGCAGCUUUCGGAACCUCACCGAGGAGGGACUGCGCCAGGAGAUCGAGGCCCAGGAGAAACAUGGCAUCGACGCCAACGACACAGAGAUGACGGACGCACUGGAUGACGAUGAGGGCGAGGGCAAAGCGCCGCAGUCCACCAAGGUCGAAGACCUUGUGGCGGCCCGACAAGAGGUCUUGCGCAAUGUUGAUUUUGCGCACCAAAACGCCAUGCUCACCCUCGAUUUCAUAUCUCUACUCCUCUCAAAAGAGACUCCGGUCCAAGCCGGCCUCACUCUCUCAGACAUUCUCCGUAGCACAGUCGGGAUAGGCACACUCGGAGCUGACAAGCUCGCGGCGUCCAACAUGACGGACGAGAAGGUGCAGGACAACAAGCUGGUUGCAACAGGAUGGAAGUUUGUGGAAAUCAACAACACCGUGGAGUCUCUGAUGCACUCUGCCACCCGUCUACAGAAGGAGAUCGACCUCGAGACCAAGUAUUGGGGCGAAGUUCUUGCGGCUAGUGAAAAUGGGUGGGCCGUUUCGAGGUUACCGCACGAGAGACACACCUUGGGUGUCAAGUACGGCUUUGACGAGGCAGCGCCGUACUUCCGCGCCAACAGUUUUGCGCCCAUGCGACGGAGCGAUACCGGAUCUGUCAGCCUCGACACGAAUCGAAUCGGCCAGCCCCGUCGGCUGGCCGCAACGAUCAAACAGGCCGGCAAGAUAGUUGGCCGUUCCUCCCCACGCCAGCCGCUCAGGGAUGAUGCUCCGCUCGAGGCCCGCGUCCGCCAGGCGCGUGACUCUAUCUUCGAUCAGGAGCUGUGGCAUGAACUCAACCGUGAGGGGCGCACACUGCUAUCCUACGGUGUUCGACUAGAGGACGGCUCGAUUAGUCUCGCGGUCGACGACCGGGAGGUUGUGCUCUCCCUAGACUAUAUCGAAGCCGAAAGCAUGCCGGAAGCCCAUGGCACUGACUCGGCGAGUGCAUUGGCAGAAACAACAUGUGCUACCUUGCGAUUGCUUCUCAGCUAUGCCCACAAGCAGAACAACCAGAAGCGCUCGCGACCCAAUCCGCUAGGGAGCAAUGCGAACCGUGGCAACAUGACGUACUCUCUAUUGCGACCUCUUCUGCUUCACUUCAAUCACGAACAAUCCGUCAAGAAAGCCACCCAAUUUGUAUCAGACCUGGUGCUGAUACUGCGUGCAGCUGGAGUCGUUUCAGCAAAAUACACACUGACGGAGCCACCCGCACCAGCCCUUAGCCCGAACCUCUCCUCCUCAGAAGCUCUGUAUAUCGCUCUGCUGAGCCCCAGAGACUUCCUCUUCGACGUGACCAUUUCUCCAGAAGUGCGACUCACGAUUCGAGGCAAAACGACCGUGGUGCCCACCGUCACUCAAUAUCUAAUCCAACUCCCUCUAGCCAACGCCCCCCAGGACCUACCGUCUCCUGACGACCUCGCGUCGCGGAAUUACCUACUACGCACUUUCCCCCCAGCUGAAAGCUACCCAGACUUGCGCGAAGCUGCAUCCUACACACGGCAGGCCGUGGCUCGCUAUCUCGCUUUUCAAGCAGAGUCCAUAGCGCAGGACGCGGAUAGCUCUCCGAAAGGAGGUUCUGGUCGCGCUUUAUGGGCGAGGUCGCUGAACGGUAGAGCAAUACACGACGUCCCGUUCCGGAAGCGCGAGCUGCAGAUCGAUGUCUGCAAGCCCCAUAGCCCAGACAGGUGGGACGAGAAAGACGAAUUGGACGAUCCUUCGCCUGGCCAAGAGGGCGACUUGACCCCCGAGUUGCGUGUUUACGCGUCUUGGACGGAUGGUGAUGACCAGGAUGGAGGCAGCAAGGUUUACCGUAAAUGGACGUUCUCGGCGGGAGAGGCGAGAACUGGCGCCCCGAUCCUGAAGCUUGAGAACAUUGUGCGAGGCUGCGUUUCAGAUCAGCUCAAGCCUGCGCUGGGCCAGAGGAAGUAG